CCGCCUUCCGAGGGUCGGAAGAAGGAAAGGAAAGGAAAGGAAAGGAGGAUUGGGCUCGGCGGAGAAAGCGGGAGCGCACCCAGACCGUCGCCGUCGGGAAGAAAGAAGCCCGAGGAGGGGGAAGAGCGCGAGGGAGCCAGCGAGCAGGCGCGUGCGGGGAGGGGAAGGAGCGCGAGCCCCCUCCCUUUCGCCAUCGCUUUCCUCUCUCCCCCCCACCCCCUCCCUCUGGUCAAGUGCCCUCCCUCAUCCCUGCGCUGCGGGCUCCCUUAUUCCAGCUUCAUGGGCAAAGUGUGGAAACAGCAGAUGUACCCCCAGUACACCACCUACUACUACCCCCAGUAUCUGCAGGCGAAGCAGCCCAUUGUGCCUGCCCAUCCAAUGGCUCCUCCUAGCCCCAGUAUCACCAGCAGCAAUAACAACAGCAGCAGCAGCAGCAACUCAGGAUGGGAUCAAUUAAGUAAAACAAACCUGUAUAUCAGAGGGUUGCCUCCAAAUACCACUGACCAGGACUUAGUAAAGUUAUGCCAACCAUAUGGGAAAAUUGUAUCUACGAAAGCUAUUUUGGAUAAAACAACAAACAAAUGCAAAGGUUAUGGUUUUGUGGACUUUGAUAGUCCAGCUGCAGCUCAGAAAGCCGUAUCUGCCCUGAAAGCCACUGGAGUUCAAGCACAGAUGGCAAAGCAACAGGAGCAAGAUCCAACUAAUUUAUAUAUUUCCAAUUUGCCACUUUCAAUGGAUGAACAAGAGCUUGAGAACAUGCUAAAACCUUUUGGACAAGUUAUCUCAACAAGAAUACUUCGUGAUUCCAAUGGCACAAGUCGUGGAGUUGGCUUUGCAAGGAUGGAAUCAACAGAGAAAUGUGAAGCAGUGAUUGCUCAUUUCAAUGGGAAAUUUAUUAAAACCCCACCAGGAGUAUCUGCUCCUACAGAACCUUUGUUGUGCAAGUUUGCGGAUGGAGGACAAAAAAAGAGACAGAAUCAGAACAAAUAUAUACAAAAUGGAAGAGCAUGGCACAGAGAAGGCGAGGUGAGACUUGCUGGGAUGACACUCACUUACGAUCCAACUACAGCUGCUUUACAAAACGGAUUUUACCCCUCACCAUACAGUAUUGCAACAAACAGAAUGAUCACUCAAACAUCUAUCACGCCAUAUAUAGCUUCUCCAGUUUCUACAUACCAG